AUGUUGGCCGUUCCGACUUACAACGGGUACGGUGAUCUGCAAAGUGCACGCGAUUACCUGGACUCCCUCACACGUUACCAGAGAGCCACGGGUCUGGACGAUCAGGAGGUGCUCGGACGCGUCGUCCCAGCUGCACUGACUGACACGGCGGCUAGGUGGUAUCGGCUUUCAGGCCACCGAGCAGCAACCCUCGAUGAGUUCCGCGCGGCCUUCCUGCGCGAAUUCUUACCCGCUGACUACGAGAGUAGGAUGCGGCGCGAGCUCGAGCUCCGCACGCAAGCUCCUGAUGAGUCGCUUCAGGAGUACGUACGCGCGAUGGACGACCUUUUCUCUAUCGCUGAGCCCAGAGCUUCGAACGAGGAACUCGUCGAACGGGUGAUUAGGCAGGCGCAUCCGACCUUUUCGGCGUACCUGCGCGGCAGCCGCUUCCGAGAUUUAGAGGAAUUGGCCGCCGAGGCGAAGCGCAUUCAAGGCGACAUUCUCGCCGCGCGCGCCUAUCGCCCGCCACCGCCAGCCGGCGUGGCCCUUGAACCGCGCUGCGCGUGGGGAGGGGCCAGUCCGCUCUACAAGUUCGACAACAUUCGCUUCAACCCAUGGUGCACAGACUUUCGAACGUCUCCCGGACAUGCUUCGUGA